AUGACCUUUUCAUUUCCUCAAAGCAGAGAGGAUUUCAUGUUAUUGGUACAGCAAGUGGCCAAAGAGGAUGUGAAGAGGUGCUUGGCCGGCAUUCCAGUCACACAUCCUCAUCUUGCCAAGCUCAUGAUGGCUCCUCAUGAUUCGAAUUGUAUUUCCGAAACCAAAGAGGAAGAAGAACAAUUUUUUCAUGACUAUCGGAAUCAUCAACAGCUGUUGAAUGACAACAAUCAGAUACGGAGUAUGAAUCAUGAAACUGGAACAUUACCAACGAGCGACAACAACGUAACAAUAACGAAAUCCAUUAUUAAUAACAACACCAUUCAAGAUGCUGUCGCUGAGUCUUCAAAACAACAACAACCGUCCACGAAUGCAAAUAGACCUUCACAAACCGUCAGUACACGUAAAUUACCAGAAAAACCUAAAGAGAUCAGAAAACCUCUCGUAGAGCGUCAAACGAACAACUUUAAACCUCAACAGACAAACAAUUCUUCAGUACCUGCUUCUCCAAAGAACAUUUCACCCAAACAAACAAGCCCUAGCAGUAACGGAAGAAAUGAAGUUUAUGAAAGAUUAUUGAAACCAACCGUGUCAACUCAGAAAAAGUUUGAGAAGGAAACGAAACCACAAAAGAAGGAAGAAAAAGAAUUUAGAGAAUUGAGGAAAGAACAAAAAAAGGCCACCUCCCUGCUAUUAAGGAAAAAGCCAUCGCCCAAGAAAUUAUCCCCAAAAACAUCUCCAAAGAAGAAUGUUUCAUUUUCGGAAGCGUUAUCUCAAGUCCAAUAUAAAGAUGGUUUUGAACACGAUAAGGAGAAUAUUAACAAUGAAUCGUUGGAAUUGUCACAACAGGGUGAGGAAAAGCUCAACAAGGUAAACCCAUCAAAUAUGCCACCUUCUCCUCCUUCAACUCCAUCUAACACUUCGACUAAUCCACCAUCCCCAAAGAGUGUCAUUCAAGCACGGCCUCACACCACCGCAAACAAAACCCCAAUUCUUGAAACUCCCUGUUCACUUGAACGGACGAAAAUAGAAACAGACCAAUUUUCGAAAACCAAUGAAGUAACACAAGCUAGUCCCGUUCAGAUUGUGAAAACCCAAGUAGAAAUUGGUCAAAAUUGUAAAGCAACAGAUCAUGCAAAUGCAAUCCAGGCAACCUCUCAAAAAGCGACUCAAGAGAAAAAUAACUUUAAUUAUGAACAUUUGGAAGAAAUGCUUUUAAACGACCUAUUAUUAGAAAUUGCAAAAGAAGAGCAAAGCAACAGGAAAGAAAUGAAACGUCAGCAUUUCAAUUUGAUGCAGGGAAAGGCCAGGCAAAACAGACAAUUUGAUGAAAUGUUGAACUUGUUAAAAGAAAUGGAGCAGCAAGAGCACUCGAUUCGACGACGAUACCAGAACAAAACGUAUUUGGAUUCGAGCUCUGAAAUUUCUUCUGUAACAAGCAGUGUUGACUCCUCAUCAACGGCAACAACAGACUCCACACUGAGCCGAGGCGCUUUAUUAGACGAACACAUCAAAUCCAAAAUUAGAAAGGCAAGACAGAAGCAAAAACAUUAUUUUGAUACAUACUGUAAACCAUAUGAUAUUACAGUUGACACCUUAAUGCAAGUGUAA